CGACACCUUUGACUUGACAACACCGUUUUACAUGACUGAAAAUGUCGUUAUUUUAGAUGUGAGAGUUUUUUGACUAAAGCAUUGAAAGACACGACCUGUUUUCAUCUUCAGCAAUUCACCAUGCGUUGUAUGGCUGUACUCGUCGUUACAUUGUUAAUAGCAGUAGUUGCGGCAUUGAAUGAGUGCGUUAGACGCCCAUCGCAAGAAACAGGACAAGACGAUGGACAUUAUUGCGUUUGCAAUGCAACGUACUGCGAUGAAGCUCCAGACGCGACCAAACCAUUCUUCACUUCUGCUAGAUAUGCUCUCAUAACUUCGAGCAGAAGUGGCUUACGAUUUUAUAUGUCAAACGGCAUAUUUAGAAAAGAUCCAUUAAGAGACAAUGUCGACGGAAGAAUUAUCAUCAAUCGGAGAAAGAACUAUCAAGAAAUUUUGGGGUUUGGUGGAGCAGUGACCGAUUCAGCAUGUCUAAAUAUCCUAAAGUUAACUAAAAAAGCAUCGGAUAAUUUGUUGCGAAGCUACUUUGGUCCGAAUGGUAUUAACUAUAAUGUGCUCAGAGCACCAAUGGGUGGUACGGAUUUCUCAUCAAGACCAUAUAGUUAUGCAAUGGUUCCAAACGACACAACGCUUAAAAAUUUUGAAUUACAAAUGGAAGAUAUCGUUUACAAGAUACCGGUAAUAAAAAGAGCACAACAAAUGAAAAGGCAUAAGAUUAAAUUACUGACACUACCGUGGAGCGCUACUCCUUGGAUGAAAACAGUUGACACUUGGACCUGGAACAGUUCACUGCGCUCGGAAUAUCNACAACUAUGGGCAGAUUACUUCGUAAAAUAUAUUGCGGCAUAUCAGCGUGUCGGUAUACGAUUCUGGGGUUUGUCGUCUCAGAACGAACCGAUGAGCAAAUUAUAUUUUCAACCAGACUUCCGUCUUAACGGAAUGCAAAUGACCGCCGAGGAAGAACGCGAUUGGAUUAUCGAUUAUUUGUGGCCAACACUGAAGAAGAAUAAUUUCCAUCACAUUAAGAUCUUUAUAAUGGACGAAAACAGAAUAACGCUUCCGUAUUGGCCGAAAAAGGUGUUUAAAAAAGCGAAAGCUCGUAACAUCGUUUCUGGAAUUGCAGUCCAUAUGUACUUCGACUUUAACAUCACUUCGAAAGUUCUCGAUGAAGUAAAGCGAGAUUAUCCCGAGAAAUUGAUAAUUAUGACAGAAGGCUGCGUCGGAGCUUUCGACGAAACAAAAGUGAUUCUCGGCUCGUGGAGACGCGGCGAGUUCUACGCGCAGAAUAUUCUCGAAAAUCUGUCGCAUUGGGCGUCAUCUUGGAUUGACUGGAACAUCGCCUUAGAUACAAACGGUGGGCCCACUUAUAUCGGCAAUAACGUAGAUUCGCCGAUCAUAAUCAACGUUACAGCCAACGAGUUUUACAAGCAACCGAUAUUCUACGCCAUAGGACAUUUUUCCAAAUACGUUGUACCUGGUAGCGUGAGAAUCGGCACAAUAUUAGAAAAUCUCGAAAAAGGAAUUCAGAGUGUCGCGUUCUUUACACCUGACCACGGCAUAGUAUUAGUGAUUUUAAAUAUGAACGAUAAGGAUAAGGAAAUUUUGAUCGAAGAUCCGAAAAAAGGAAUAGCGAGAUUAAAUGUUUUGGGCAAAUCCAUAAACACGAUGAAAUAUUGGUAGAGACGUGAUACAAAUAUAAAUAUAUAUCAAAUAAGUAAUUUCACCAAGAAGUGCGUCUAUAGAAGACUGACAACAUUAACAAUUCACACACAAAACACAAACACCGCAAAAAUAAUUGGACGAAUACUUGUUAAGUAGCCGCAUAUAUCAAUAUUUUGUUUUUCAAUAAGUUUUGUUUUUAUAAGUGUUAAAGCUUUGUUUUUUUCUUCGAUAUUUACUCUGACACAAAGUAUAUCUAUUUUUUUAGUGAAAANUAUGUCUCCGUCAAUAUUGAGAAAUAUUGUAGUAUCUUUUUGGUGACUGGAUAAUGUACCUCUCUACUAUAAUAACAGUAAACUUUCUCAUGUUUAAGAA